AUGAAUUCUAUGAAUGACGAUCAAACUUCAUCAUGCUCAUCUGAUAUUGACAUUUGUAAUACAAGUCCGAAUUCUUCACCAAAAGUAUCCGAAAUAAAAAUAACAAGUACACCAUAUCCAACGUACAAACCUCAAGUUAACUUUCAUUCAAUCGAAUCAUUAGCUAUAUCCUCCUUAAAUACAUCUUCAUUGACUCCUAUUUCUUCUCCUUGUUCUUUUCAAAGACAUGAUGAUACUGGCUAUAGUUCAUUAAGUUCAUCUUCGUUAGCACAUGAUAAAGAUAAUAAGGAAAAUGUUUAUUGCUCAACAACAACAACAACAGUUAGUGAACGAAAACCGCGACGUAAAUUAACUGAUUGGCAAAUAUGGCAUUUACGUCAAGCAUAUUUAAAAAACCGAUAUCCAUCACCUUAUGAACAAGAGCAACUUGCUGUACAACUUCUUUUACCACUAUCAUCAAUUCGUAUUUGGUUUCAAAAUUAUCGUGCACGAUCUGGAAAAAAAUGA